AAUAUUUGCUGUGAAUGUACCGGUGACAGCCGGUCGUAGAUUCCCACCACUCCUUCCAUAUAACAUCUCUACUUCCGAAUAUUUACUUCCCGCGCCACACUUGUGAGGAAGAAAGAAAACAGAGAGCGAGAGAAGCGACUCAUUCUUCCUUAAAGUUACAUUAUUAACCAGGAUGGAAGUUGGCACGGAAGCGAGAGGCGGUGAUGAAGGUGUCAGGAGGAGAGGUUGCUCGUGCACAACGAACGAUUUUCUCCCCGAGGAGUCGUUCCAAAGCAUGGGCAACUACUUCCAGGCACUUCGUGAGACUCCAAUGCGGUUCAAGGAGAGGCUCCUCGCCAGAUCCAUGGACUCUACCGAGAUCAAUGAGGUCAAGGCGCGGAGCGAGCAUGAGAUGAAGAAGAACCUGAACUGGUGGGACCUCAUCUGGUUCUGCAUCGGUUCUGUCAUAGGCUCUGGUGUCUUUGUCCUCACCGGACUUGAGGCAAAAAAAGAUGCUGGACCUGCCGUUGUCUUGUCUUACGUAGCUUCAGGGGUCUCCGCUAUGCUCUCCGUCUUCUGUUACACCGAGUUCGCUGUAGAAAUUCCUGUUGCAGGUGGUUCAUUUGCUUACUUGAGGGUAGAGCUAGGUGACUUCAUGGCCUUCAUUGGAGCUGGCAACAUCCUCCUUGAGUACGUCAUUGGUAGUGCUGCUGUGUCUCGGUCAUGGACGUCUUAUUUCGCCACUCUCUGCAAUCACAAACCUGAUGAAUUCCGGAUCAUAGCCCAUAGCCUGCCUGAUGACUAUGGCCACCUUGACCCCAUUGCUGUUGUUAUUGUUUCCAUAACUUGUGUCCUUGCUGUCCUUAGCACCAAGGGAUCAUCGCGCUUCAAUUACAUUGCUUCCAUUUUCCACAUUGUGGUGAUUCUCUUUAUCAUUAUUGCCGGCCUUAUCAAUGCAGACGGCAAAAAUUACAUCGACUUUGCACCCUAUGGUCCUCGGGGUAUUUUUAAAGCUUCGGCUGUACUUUUCUUUGCUUGCAUUGGAUUCGAUGCAGUUUCCACAAUGGCUGAAGAGACCAAAAAUCCUGCAAAAGAUAUCCCUAUUGGUCUUGUGGGCUCAAUGACAAUAAUUACUCUGCUCUAUUGUUUGCUAGCCGUAACAUUGUGUCUUAUGGUUCCAUAUAAGAAUAUUGAUCCAGAUGCCCCAUUUUCUGCAGCAUUUCAGUUUGUGGGUUGGGAUUGGGCUAAAUAUAUUGUGGCUGCAGGUGCUCUGAAGGGCAUGACUACAGUUUUGCUGGCUUCAGCAGUAGGUCAAGCCCGUUAUCUCACACACAUUGCUCGAACUCACAUGAUGCCACCUUGGCUAGCUCAGGUCAAUGCAAAGACUGGGACUCCGGUAAAUGCAACCAUUGUCAUGUUUGUUGCUACUGCUAUAAUUGCCUUUUUUGCAGAUCUUUCGAUUCUGUCCAAUCUUCUUUCCAUCUCCACUUUGUUUAUCUUCGUGCUUGUGGCAUUGGCACUUCUUGUACGCCGUUAUUAUGCCAGUGGUAAGACAACAUCUGCGGAUCGUAUCAAGCUCACUUUGUGCAUUUUGGUCAUUCUUGGUUCCUCAAUUGCCACUGCUGCUAUUUGGGGUGCUGAUGGAGAUGGUUGGAUUGGGUAUGUGAUUACUUUACCAAUAUGGUUCUUGGCUACUUCGGCACUCAAUGUUUUAGUUCCACAAGCAAGGGUUCCAAAACUGUGGGGUGUUCCAUUAGUGCCUUGGUUGCCAUCCGCCUCAAUUCUUACCAGCAUAUUCCUUUUGGGAUCGAUAGAUGGGGCAUCGUUUAUAAGGUUUUGUGUUUGGACUGUUAUUUUGCUGAUCUACUACUUCCUAGUGGGCUUACAUGCCUCUUAUGACAUGGCCAAGGAGUCAGAGGAGAAUAAAGUUAAGGACGGCUGGAAAGGAAUGGAAGAAGGUGCAUAGUCUGGAUGAGAAGAUGUAGAGUAUAGCAAUCUUUCUACAAAUACUAGAGCCAAUUAAUAAUGUUUACCAUUAAAUGAAUUAUGUUUAGCCUCUGUAAGGAUUCUCUCUUUACAAUUACUAAUAUUUGUGUAUGUUCAUUGUUUUUGGAAUUAAAUUAUCAAUGUGUUUGUCAAUUAAAGAAAGUUAAACUUAUUUUUC